AUCAAGCACCUAGGCAUGCACACCGCUUCUACAAACAUUUGUGAAAGAAUAGGUAGCUCUCAAGAGCUCAGUGAAUUCAAGCAUGGUACCGUGAUAGGUUGCCACCUGUGCAAUAAGUCCAUCCAUGAAAUUUCCUUGUUACUAAAUAUUCCACGGUCAACUUUAGUGGUAUUAUAACAAAGUGGAAGCAACUGGAACCAACAGCAACUCAGCCACCAAGUGGUAGGCCGCGUAAAAUGACAGAAUGGGGUCAGUUCAUGGUGCGCAGAAGUCGCCAACUGUAUGCAGAAUCAAUAGCUAAAGACCUCCAAACUUCAUGUGGCCUUCAUUUUAGCACAACAACAGUGUGUAGAGAGCUUCAUAGAAUGGGUUUCCAUAACCGAGCAGCUGCAUCCAAACCUUACAUUACCAAGUGCAAUGCAAAGUGUCGCAUGCAGUGGUGUAAAGCAUGCCACCACUGGACUCUAGAGCAGUACUUGCCUUACUGCAUUGUGCCAAGUGUAAAGUUU